AUGGCGUCCUUCAGCGUCAUGAAGACUGCAGCCAUCGAUCCGAUCCAUGAGUUGAAACGUAAGAUCGAGAGGCUCACCAAACGGGAAAGUAAAAGUUCUUCCACGGAAUCUUCUAACCCGGAGAAGGAGGGCAAGAGUAACCUGAACUUGUCCGCCGAUGAACUCAAGGAACAGGGUAAUAAAUGCGUUAAAGCCGGGAACUUCACCGAGACAAUUUUGCACUACACGCACGCUAUCAAAUUGAAUCCGAACGAUGCAAUUCUGUACAGUAAUCGAUCGCUGGCAUUUCUGAAAAUGCAGCAAUACUACUAUGCCAAUGAGGAUGCGGACCGAGCGAUAGCACUCAAUCCGACCUGGGCGAAGGGAUACUACCGAAAGGCGGAGGUUCACAUCGGAGUAGGACAGUAUGACACAGCACUAUUGUCACAUGGAAAAGCUUUACAGUUGCAACCGCAGGACAUGGGGAUCAUACAAGCCGCUAGGAAAGCAGCAGAACUUAGCAACCAGGACGUUGAGAAGGAAAAACGAACGCCUGCGAUGGGAGCGGGCAUCGGUUGCAUAGUGGGGAUGUGUAUCGUAUUUGCCGAUAUGUUACUAACGGAGACACCUGCUAUUAAGGUAGGUAGUAUUAUGGGUAAACAUGGAUUAAAGGCGUAA